UCUCUUCUCCCUCCACUACCAACUGCCAUUCUUCCGUCAUUUGGCCAUUUUUUGACUCUCUCUCUCUCUCUCUCUCUCUCUCUCUCUCUCUCUCUCAUAUCCUGAGUUUUCAAGUUUCUUCAUCGCAGAGCAUCUCUUUCUCCAAAAAUGUCUAUGCUAGUGGACUGUUCAAACUGCCGGACGCCGUUACAGCUGCCACCGGGGGCUACAUCAAUACGAUGCGCCCUAUGCCAAGCCGUCACCCAAGUAGCCGAUCCCCGAGGCUUUCCGCCGCCUCAUCCUCAUUCCACCCCCAGCCACCACCGCCACCACUACCCUCCGCCGUCGCCGGCGCCGGCUCCGGCUCCGGCUCCGUCGCCUUACAACCAUGCACCCAUGGGUCAACCGCCGUCGGUCCACGGCCGCAAGAGAGCCGUGAUCUGCGGGAUUUCGUACAAGUACUCCCGCCACGAGCUCAAAGGCUGCGUCAACGAUGCCAAGUGCAUGAAGUACUUGUUGAUCAAUCGGUUCAAGUUUCCUGAAUCGUCGAUUAUCACGCUAACUGAAGAAGAAACUGAUCCUCUUAGGCGUCCAACAAAACAAAACAUCAGAAUGGCAAUGUAUUGGCUUGUGCAAGGUUGUCAGCCAGGAGAUUCACUGGUAUUUCAUUAUUCUGGUCAUGGUUCACAGCAAAGAAACUACAAUGGAGAUGAAGUGGAUGGGUUCGAUGAAACACUGUGUCCCCUGGAUUUUGAAACUCAGGGAAUGAUUGUGGACGAUGAGAUUAAUGCAACUAUUGUCAGACCUCUUCCUCAUGGUGUAAAGCUUCACGCAAUCAUAGACGCUUGCCAUAGCGGCACUGUGUUAGAUUUGCCAUUCCUUUGUAGGAUGGACAGGACUGGACGGUAUGUAUGGGAGGACCAUCGGCCUCGGUCGGGUGUAUGGAAAGGAACAAGUGGUGGUGAGGUUGUUUCCUUCAGCGGCUGUGAUGACGAUCAAACAUCUGCUGAUACAGCUGCUUUAUCCAAGGUCACUUCAACUGGUGCAAUGACCUUUUCUUUCAUCCAAGCAGUUGAACGUGACCAGGCAACUACAUAUGGGAAUAUGCUAACUGCCAUGCGGUCUACCAUACGCAAUACAGACAAUGGUUUAGGGGGUGGUGUUGUGACAUCACUUCUCACAAUGCUUCUGUCGGGAGGGAGUUUGGGUGCGGGAAUGAGACAGGAGCCCCAGUUAACGGCUAACGAACGAUUCGAUGUGCAUUCGAAACUUUUCUCGCUAUAACCUAGUAAAGAACGGUCUCAUCUCCUCACUUAUGAUCUACUGUAUAUUUUUGCGCUGAUUGAGUUUGUACAGUUACUUUAGAAAUGAUAACUGCAUCCAUCAUUUACUUCAAAUUUUUAGGUGCUCUCUGUUUUUUGUUGUCGCUUGUAUUAGUUCGAGACAUCUGAUGGCUUUAGUUUUUGAUAAUUUUAUGGCUUCUUGUAAGCCAUUAGUUAUUUCUUCUUAUUGGUUGUGUGUAACUCAUGAGAGCUAAAAUUCGUAAAACGCUUCGUGAUUUACUGUUUCAAAUUAAACCACUGUUCUUGUGUUA